AUGACAAAACACAAGAACCACAUCUUCAAGUGUUUGUGUCCUCCCAAAUAUGGAGGACCUCUCUGUGAAGGUGCGACAAGAAUUGUAAGCUGUAACAACCUUUUUUCAUUUAUCCUGGGCAAUACAAAACCAAUUUUUAGGUGACAAUUUUCUCAGAAAAUGAUAUAUUUCUUUGAUAUAUAUUUCUUUGGUAGACAAUUCAAGGGGCCAUAAAAGUUAUGUUCACAACACUUUCGCUAAUCUAAUUUGCCAGAAAUGAACAACAUUUGAACAGAUAUAUUAAGAUCAAUAACGACAAGGCGACGGGUUCAAGUCGUCACAGAGGAGCGUGCGCAUGUGCCAACUGUGAAUAUAUCACACAUUGGCGCUUUUCAGCAAUUAGGGUUUUCCGAUUUAGCGGAAGUUCGAGCCAUUUUUUAUGAGAUGUGAAAUUGAUUCCAUUAUACUGUAAAGGGUCAUCUCGAAUUUUUUUCGCUUCAAGUGAAUCUUUGCAUGAUGUCAUUGAUUAUGCUGGAUGAUAUCCUGGGCAGGGAGGGAAUCUCUCUCGACAUCUAAUUUUUCUUCAUUAACCUGCGAUCAUGGGCGGUCCUUAGAUUUUCCCAUUUUCUUUGGGCGGCCUGAUCGCAGGCUAUUUCUAUAUUUGCUACGUCAAACGUAAAUAAGAAUCGUUUUCAUUGUCUCAUCGAGUGCCAUAUACUGAUUCGAUAAUUUAUAAACAGAAAAGGAACAACAUUGUAUAUCUUCUCUCCUACAAAUUGGGAGACGCCGUGAAGUCUCCAGGCAUCUCUCGCAAUUUUGUCUACUUAUGGAUAUCUAUUCGACUCUGUGCAUUUUGUGGGUUAGGGUGAGGGUUGAAAACUAUGGCAAAAGCUGAAUAAAUUAAUACAAACGGUAGAAUGUGCAAUCAUAGUUAUUGGUGCAAUCCAACUAACUAAGCGAAUGCAAAUACUUUUUGACACUGGUGCGAAAUUCCAUGAGUUCCCGCAAAGGUGCGGGAUUGCAGAAGAAAGCCUCAUAUAUGACAACUUAUUGAAUAACAAAAGAAUACCAAAGCAGCACAUAUGUUACAUGCAUAUUCUUUGAAAAAACACACAUUUUAAGCUAGUUCAAAAUGAAGGUUUAAACAAAUUAGGCUGAGUACCUGCUUAGUUUUGAUGGUAGAAAGAAUAGCAUUAGAAACAUUAUCACCUUCCAUACUUCAGCACCUUUGUUUCUGAGAGUGCAAAGCCCCACUUUCACGGUGUAUUGUGAUUUUUGCUUGCACUAUUUAAGUGCCGUGAUUUGUUGGGGGCUGAAGAGGAAUAUUCCAUUUUUUUCUCGUCUUGAGACUGUAAAGAGUUGGCCAUGUGAAUUACUUCCUUGAAACCUGAUUUUCUUGGUGAAUCGAAUUAUAUGUAACUUUGUAAGAAUAAUAUAAAGUUGAGCACUGCAAUUGCAUGGUAUCGUGAAGUGAAGUUAUAAACAGCCCAGCAAUUUACUUACAGUAGUUGGUGUUAAACUAAUUUCACGUAUAGAAAGGCUAGAAAUUGAACUUAUUUGAAACUGGCCAGUUCCACUUCCGCAGAACUUCCGCUAAAUCGGAAAACCCUAUUGCAUCUUUCACGUAAAAUUUGGACAAAUUUUUAUCGUGCGUGUAUCCAACAAAAAUUGUCGAAAAGAAUUCUCACACCAAAAAUGCUUAAGCACAGUGAGCGCGUCCAGAACACGUGUAACACACUAAGUAGUCAGAAUAAUGUUCAGAUUAGACGUCUCGGAUUCUCAUUUAAACAUUUACAAGCCUACAUAAGUUAAGCCUUACUAAAAGAUGUACCAGCGCAUCAUAUGGCAAUUGCACAAGUUUGAAGUCUGUCUAGGAGAAGGGGAAUUCUCAUUGUAGAGUCAAGUGUCAUAAAUGACUGAAAAAUGAAAGGGAGCAAGCCCAAGUUUUCGUUACUGAGAGAUUUCUGUAUCUUAAAGCUUGUCAAGAUUGAGCAGUAGAUUGUUGACGCAAUGACUGAAUCCUCUACGAAUUUAAGCUGGAAAAUUGAUAAAAUGUCAAUAAUAAUAACAAAAUAUAUGUAUGGUUUUAACAUUAGUGUCCAUUAAUAUAACUUUCAAUCAUUGUGCUCUUCUUUGGUGCAAUUACUUCUUUCAGAUACACUAUUUUGCUACUAUAAUCCUUGUAAAAAUGGAGGCACGUGUGAGGAACAUGGAAUAGGUUAUAAAUGCAGGUGUACACCAGGGUUUGAGGGACAAACUUGCGAAGGUGAGGACAUCCCUUCCAUUUAUAGCUUUGUAAGAGUAUUCACAUUUCAUCGAAAUCAUAUUUAUAAGUUUGUUUAUUGUGAAUAGGUCUUGCAACAUCCAUGAUUAGUGCAAGAAUAAUUACAUUUAUUUACUUCUUAGAAAUCGACCAAAUGAUGAUUUGUCUAUUUCUUUUUCUAUCACAGUUUUCCUUUCAUCGUAGAUCACAUGUCAAACAAAAUUUCGCCAUCAAUACUAUUUGAAACAUGCAUGUCUUUUGUCAAAACGUUGGUGUCUUGUGUAAUGAUCCGUUUGUUAACUCAACAGAACAGAAUUUUUGCAAGCCCAACCCUUGCUCCAUCCAUGCUAAAUGUGUAGAGACUCAAGACAGCUUUAAGUGCAUCUGUGAAGAGGGUUAUAAAGGAGAGAAAUGUAAAGGUAAAGAUAUACUGUUUCAUAAAUGGAAAACAGUUGAAUCCACGAUUUCUGCUAUCAUCUUGACCACAGUCACCAUCAUCAUCAUCAUCAUCGUCAUCAUCGUCGUCGUCGUCGUCAUUAAAAUCAUCUUCAACGGAAUAUUUAAGGACGGGUUCUACAUUCUGCUCAGUUUCUGGCAUCUUGAGAGAUUUCUUGUAGAAACGACCUGAUUUGCUUUUCAGGCGGCUAUCCUUUCCUAAUCAUUACCUGAGAUGGCUCGCAAGGAUUUCAUUUAUGUUUGCUGCUUUCUUUUUAUCCACACGAUGUACAAGUUUGUAAUUGUACUAUCACAUUUCUUUUGCUGCAAGAUGACUGUUUGCUGGACAGGCUUUACCCCUUUUUUUUUCAGUUAUUAUUUCUUUUAUAUUGGCCUGUUGACCUUUGUUCCAUUACUAUCCUGUGACAUUAAGGGUGGCGAUAGUGUUUCGUUUCAAUCUUAUAUGCCUGGAUAUAUGAUAAGGGUUAAGUUACAGAAUAAUGCGGGCUGGAGAGAAUGUAUCUAAGAAAACCCAGACUUCAUGUAAAUCCUUAUGGGCGUUUAUUAGGGCUUGCACAAUUCUUAUACUGUAGACCCUGAUGAAAAAUUCUGAAAAAAUGUCUGUACAAUUUCUUUCAGAUAUCGAUCCAUGCAACCCAAAUCCCUGUCAAAACGAUGGAAUAUGUAAAGACGUACAAGGGAAAGUCCAGUGUGAAUGCAAACCUCCUCAUAAGGGAACAUUCUGCUCAGGUCAGUUUCUCGUCACAAUAGCGUGGGACGCCUCCUACAUACCACUACUUGAAGCCAUCGUUUGUUUAAAUUUUGUACAAAAUCGCAAGAUUUGCAUAGCUUCGUAGGACAAGGGAAUGACUGUAUCAAUUCACUAAAAGUGUACAGUUAGUGAAUAUAAGAUUAACUUAUGGUAACCAUAUUUCAAGUCUCACGAGUUAUGAAAUACGGUCAUGUCCAACUAUUUGCAAGGAUUCUUGAGACAGACUUGAAAAUAUAAGGAUGUUUUCGAAAUAACUCGGACUAGUAACUUCAUGCACGGGUCGGACGCAUUUAUGGGCAGGUGCAGCUGUAGCCUGAGUGUUUUGCUAUCAUGCAAACAGAAGUUAAAUUUGCGCCACUGCAAAGAAAGUAGUCUUAAAGUUUGUAUAAAAUGGUGUCUUAAAUAUUUGUCUAUUAUUAUUUCCUCAACAAUAUUAUAUAGGGACAGUCAAUCAAUAAUUCAAGCCUUAAAUGAAGCUAUAGUAUAUAAAUUUGUCGUAUUGGUUGCAUUUAGACGGAAUCCAUCAGGAAAUUGAGUAAUUUUGAUUUUAAAUGGACAAAAACCUUGUACCAGAAUAAUUUAAAGCGCAUUGCAUUCUUUUUUACAUUUUCAAGGGCUAUAGAUGUAACUAGUCAUGUGUAAUAACACCAAAGAAAAUUUCUUAUGGGGACACGAGAUAAUAAAUGUCAAAUUUAACAAAAUAACAGGUUGCACAUGAAAUUUUCAGAAUUUUACCUGUGUUUUCACAAUCGUAAUGAAAUUUGGCAUUCAUUUUCUCGUGCUCCCAUAAGGAAUUUUCUUUGGUGUUAUUACAGGUACCAAGAGAGGAUAAAGGGGACAGAGAAGGCAUCCCCCAUACACACCCUAUUCCAUAGGUAAUUCGUCACGAGAUAUUUUUAAGACCACAUAUCCCAAGGGGGAUUAGACAACAGCCAACCACAUAGCGCGAAUGUGUUCCGCGUGGAUGACCCACGCUCAGAGCCACGCGUCCUUCACGAAUUGACGCAGAACAAAAUAGCGGAAGACGCGGAGAGCGAUAUUGCUAUUCGUUUUGUCGACGAAAACGACUACAGAGAGAUUUCUGCUAAAGAUGUGUCAGCGAAAUGGAAAUUAAAAAAGAAUCGUCGUUCCUCUCUUGUAUAGAGCUAACAGUACAGCAGGGAAAUCCUUAACACACUGAAGAUUCUCUCAGGAUCAUUUAUAAUUUACAGUUUGAAGAGGGCAAGUUCUGGUUUGAUUUAUUCUUUUAUUAGUCUUAUUAUUCAACAAAAAUAACACUUGGCGUCCUACUUGCUUUAUUGUACAAACGACCGGUUUCAAUAGACCGGCGAAAUUUCUCAUUUUAUUAAAGCACUGAGGUUACGACAACUUCGAGUUAAACUGAUUUCACGGGUUGUCAAAGAGUCUUGCGAUUCCCUUUUCCCAGGUGAGCGCCUGACUCAUUUCAAUUUUCAGGAAUGCUCUCGAUCUCUUUACGCUUUCAUUGCCUUUCGCCCUUUCGCACGGCGUUUAGUCGUGCGAAACCUCCACGAAACAUCCACGCAGCGCGCGAGGUAGCUUUAUCCCAAUUCUAAAAAUAACUCGAAACGAUUUACCUAUGGAAUAGGGUGUGUAUGGAGGAUGCCUUCUCUGUCCCCUCUAUACUUUCUUGCAGGUACCUAAUUACAUCUAUAAUCCUUGAAAAAUGCAAAAAAAUAAUGCAAUAUUCUUUAAAUUAUUCUGGUACAAGGCUUUUGUCCACUGAAAAUUAAAAUUACUCAAUUUCCUGGUGGAUUCCGUCCUAAUUUUCUGUAUCCUUUAUUUAAUCACAAGAGACACUUGUAUGCUAUCAUAACCCUUGUCAUCAUGGUGGUACUUGUGUGGAGAAUCCACUGGCACCUUGUGUCUGCCCAAAUGGAUAUAUCGGCCCUCACUGUGAAGGUAACAUCUUAGGCCAAAUCUUGCUUUGAAGCAACACCAAACACCCGAGAGUAAAUAAAAUCUUGUAUCCAAUUCAUUUGUGUGUCCUUACAGGUACGUACGCCUAUAAAACUGUUGAAUCUCGAUUAUCCGGAUUCGUUGGGACUUGAGCAAAUAGUCCGGAUAAUGGCCAUGAAAAAUAUGAAUAUCAAUGAGGCAAUAAUGAGACGGGGAGAGGCUGUAUGCGCAAGAUAUAUUCAAAAUGCGUGAAUAUAAGAAAACUGUGAAAACAAACGCUAAAUGAAGUACGCACAAGUCCUGUGCGGAUAACAAGGGUAGAAUCAGGAACAAAUACGAAUUUCGGUCAAAGAAAACUUGCCGGCUCGAAAAAUAUCAUUCUCAAUACAUGUGCAGGAACAUAUCACGUGGUCAGUAAGGCUCACUGGCGCAGAGACAACCUCAUCUCACUUAGAAAUCAUUUUGGUGCGAAUACAAAUGGACUAUCAUUUUUCCUAAAACAAUUUAUAAAAUGACAGUAUUGAACCAAAGAAACCGUCCAUUUUUGUUGAAUUUACAAAGGUGCUACGUUUAAUGAAGAAACGCAUCAACAAAAUUUUCUUAGUUAAAGUUACCUAUUAACCUAGGAAAUGCCCUAUACCCGAGGCCAAUAAAUUUACCAUGAAGUUAUAUGACGUCACAGUAUGAUUUCAUUAUAUCACUAAUGAUGGCCUGCUUUGCUUUAGAUCACGUGUGUCACCCGAACCCGUGCGUCCACGGAGGGAGCUGUCAGGUUGAAAACAACACUGGGUACCAACGAUGGACUUUCAAAUGCGAAUGUCCACGAGGGUUUACUGGAAAACUGUGCCACAGUAUGUAACAUAUCAUGGGUAACAAGCAUUUCUUAGGAUUUUAGGGUUCGGUCUUCCCCUCUCUCCUCAGAAACGCUUGAUCGCCGAUAAUUACCAAACUGAUUCUACAAGAAGACCUUAAUGUUCACAUCGAUGAUUGAACUUUUUCAAUUUUGAUGAAUAUUCCCCAUGAGGUUUUCUUAGAUAGUGUCAUUUGUUAUAACAGAAAUAUUUAUUGCAAUCAUUAUCAGCAAGAUUGAACUACCAGGAUAAACUCAUUCUUUUCUCGAGGGUUAUCCACUAACACUAAAGAGACGAGCUAUCUAUCGGUAUACAUGGACAGUAAGCCGAGAGAAUCUAGUCUGUGGUGACGAGGAUGCGAAGACAGGCAGGCAUGUUCAUAAGAAGCUAAAAUAUUCUCAUUUUUUUAUUCGCAGUUCCGCAUCCAUGUUUAGACUUUGUUUGUUUAAAUGGUGGAACCUGCUUUGACGGAAAAACUACUCAAGAUGUAGCUACAGACUUAGAACUGACUUCUCGACCCUUGAUGAAUGCUGUCUGCCACUGUCUGCCUGGCUUUACAGGGAAGAGAUGCGAAAGUAUGUAAACUGCAUCUCGAAAGUCUUGCUUGUAUUGGAAUCGUUCCUGAAAUUGGGAUAAGUGGGUUGUAUGUAUCACUGAAUAGGGCAGAAAAUUUCCGCAAAAAGUUGUGAAUAACGACAGGAGCCGACUGGAGGCUGCCAAUGGUAAAACAACUGCAAGUUGUUAAAAUAAUAACAGGAAGUAUAUCAGUAAACUUUGAUGGGUUGAAGAAGAGAGAAAGCAUUAACAAUCGAAUUGAUGGUUUUCCUGUGGUGCAAAGGUUUUUAAUUUUUUACUUAAGGGAGAUGGCGGCUUACAACAGUUUCUAACAGUAUUGCACUGACGUAGAAUCUUUGUUUUGUAAUGGUAGUCCCUUUAAGUGGUGGUAUUCUACGAGAGGUUGUCGCACACAAAGGCCUGUGUUCAACCUCCCCCUGAGUUUGAGUGGGGAGGCGGCUGUAUACAUGCUAGAGGGAUAAGGUCGUAUUGUCCACAUGUAAUCUGCGAUCAGGUGUUAUUUUAGAGAUAUAGGGAGGGUAUGACCGAAGGCUAAUCCACAUGUUAGCGAAAUAAAUGUAGAAUAAUUUUUGAUUAUUUGGUUUCUUUCGCUUUUUUAGCCAAAAUAUGUGACAUGUGCCACAUAAACGCUACCUGCAUCAAUAACCGUUGUGUAUGCAACGCCGGUUUCAUUGGAAAUGGAUUUCAAUGUUAUGGUAAGCAGAGUAUUAUACACGGUGUGAAGAGUACAUUUUUUCAAGGUAACACGGUAGACGCAAAGAAUGACCCACUGUUUUGAAGACAAAUUAGGGCCUGUUUACAUGAAGGUGGGGGACCCCAGGUAGGUGAGGUAACAUGUGGCGGGUUAUCCCACCUAACAUGUAAACGAGAUCACAUUAAAAUGAGAGACUGUAUGGACAGGCGGGUUACCCCACCUAAGCGGGUUACCUCACCUACCUGGGGUCCCCCACCUCCAUGUAAACAGGCCCUUAGACAUACUAGACAAAAGGAAUUUCUUAAUUUCGGAAUUUUGUUUCUGUUACCGUAAGGUGAAGGUGUCGUCUUCUCACGAAUUUUAAUAUGCUAAGGUCAAAAAUUAACUAAAGUUAUUGAGUAACAGUUGGCGAGACUUAAUUGUGCACCCAGUUCUUGCUACUGAUUGAUUUACUUCCUCCCCUUUAUCAAACAGAUGAUUAACUAAUUUCUUAUAUAUUAUUAUGUCUUCUGUGUUUACUCAUUUCAGAAAUCGACGACCCGUGUAAGCCAAAUCCUUGUAAGAAUCUGGGAGUUUGUACUUUGGGACCUGACAGGUCUUACACAUGUGAAUGUAAAAAGGGAUAUUGUGGACCACACUGUGAAUGUGAGUUAAAAAUUUAAUUUUUAAAUACAUUUUAUAUGUUCGUUUUAUACAUUGUAAACUAAUCGUCUUGAUCGGUUAAUUGGACAAGUGAGUCCUUUAGUUUUUUGUGAGAAAGUAAAUGUGCCGCGAUUUUUGUCACGUUCAACGAUAGCGUACAACACUGUCGCUGGGUGAUAAAUGCACUGAUUUAAAAAAUGGAAAUUUUACCUUGAAGAGAAAAUAAGGACAGUUGUAUUACAUUUUAUGAAAUCUUUAACUAUAUAAUCGCAAGUUUUUUCCAUAUAAAUUUGACAUAAUUAACUUCUCUUUUCUCUUUUUUUGUCAAUGUGACAUUUUUUAACAGCAUUAUGCAAUCCUUGUGUGAGCAAUCCCUGCCAAAACAAUGGAACAUGCACACCACAUGGCAAUUCCUAUGUUUGCACGUGUUCACCAGGUUUCACAGGAGUUAACUGUGAGCGUAAGUACACCAGCAUUCUUGUGGCGUGCCCAUAAAACGUUUUUCACUAUAGAUUUUAUGGGCCGUUAUAUACGUGUUUCAGAUGUUCUCAUCGUACCAGCUAGACAAAUUUAUACAAAUUUUUUGCAGUUUGAGGCUACAGUUACACUAACUGGAUAGCUUAAAAAAAAUACUCCUACCUAAGAGUGUCACAGAAACCUAUUCAAUAUGUGUUGAUAUAAUUUGAAGACCAGCACGGCGCAACAGGAAUUCUUCUCCUCUUUUACAGAGACCUCUCCGAAAUCACCCUUCUUAUCUGUGAACAGAAGUCCAGUUACGAGAUGGCUUUUGUCCCGGAGCACGAGCUAUCCAUGGAUAGACAUUUUUUUGUCUCAUAAAUUAUUGGAGAACUGAAAGUGCAUAGCUACUUAUAUAAUGUUUUUCAUUAUUCCUAUUUUACAGUACUUUUAAUUUGGGUAAUUCAACCGGUAAAGUUUUGAAAAGCUCAGAAAUCAAAUUUUUGAUUUUCACACAGUUUCUGUCAGUUACUUAAUUUUGAGUGUAAACAUGACUAAUUAUUGUUCUUUCAGUUCCUUUAGCAAAUCCGUGUGAUUCACAGCCUUGUUUGAAUGGAGGAACGUGUGAGAAUGAUUUAGCCAAGAAUGAUUACCGCUGUUCCUGCAAAGGAAAAUUCACGGGAAAAAAUUGUCAAGGUAUUUGAUAUUUGAUUUAUUACAGUUUUUAUGGUGUAUAUAUAAGCUUGCCUUUCUUAAAAAAAAAAAAGAACUUCAAUUAAUCACUUCACCAAUAGUAGUUUUGUCUGGACCGGUCAGUCUGUUUUUUGGGGCAGGAAUCUUAUUAUUGACAGCAGGAACACAUUAGUCCCGAUAACGUCAUAGCCUUUCUCUUGAUUUCACAAAUUAGAUGCGGCAGAAUGAAAUAAGGGUUCAGUCAUGUUUAGGUUGGUUUGACGGUUGGGCAGGCUUCCAGAUCUAUGAUGCCAAAGUUUAUUUAAAGUUGUGAGCGCUUGUCCUUACUUGGUCAUCGUGUCAGUUGUGGUAAAUUCACUGAAUCGUAACGUCAUUACACAUGCAAUGUUCUCCAGCUGCCGUUCUCGCAGUUUCGUUGUCCAUUGCAGACAACGAAUUGUUCUAGUCCUGGUUCACUGAUUCUUUGCGCCAAAAUCGGGGAUAUUAAUUUUGGCGAAGGCAAACUGUUGUAGCUCAUUCUACUGACUUAACGUAAUUUUUACUUACUUUAUGAGUUACAAUAGAUUGGGGAUGAAAAACGUCACUGUUUAGAAAUAAAAGGCAUAUUGAUGUAAAAUGUUGUUUUUAGAGUGCAGCUGUCUUCAAGCUACUGCUUCUACCGGAGAACCUUUGGUUGCAAAAUGUGACCUCGAAGGAGAAUGUUACUGUCAAUCUUUUCAAGGUCGACGACAUCCCACCUACACAGCAGAUAAAGGUUGCCAGCUUACGGGUAAGAUUUGUAAGGUUCUAGUCACUCGACAAUUAACGAUCCACUAUAUGGCAAUCCCUUUUUAUCAAACCGUUGAGAUGGUAUUUUAAUGAACUUUAUGAAAAUUUGCUAGAUCUAGCUCGUGACGUCCAGACCUGGUAUAUCGAGAGACUGUACAACAGGUUUGUUUGUUUGCGAAUACAGUCAGCUCUUUCUUAGACGGGUUCUUGUAAUGAGGGCAUCCAGAUCGAGUUGUUCUUUUCUUCAUGUUGUUCUAAAGAACGGAUGAAUAAACUGCAUUGUCAGAAGCAAGAUAUGUUUGUCAAGAGAGAUUUGAGUCUAUCAUCAAAUCAACUGAAGUAGUAAUACCAUGAAGGUAUUAAUAAUGGCAACCUAAGAAUCUAACCAUAAUAACCAAUAUUGACUUAAAUAUGCACCAGGCUUUCAAAUAGCGACUUUUAAAUUUAAUGUUGCUGCAUGCUAUAUAACCACACCACCCUCAAGUGCAACGCACUACACUAAAAUUUCCCCAUAUCGGCUCCACUUUAUUUCUUAUGCUGUUAAAGAAAAUCGCGGGAAAUGGUAGUAAGAACACUUUUAGGCCAGGUUAGAUAUCAUUAAUAUAUGAAAAAUAUUUAUAUUUAACUCUAUUAACUUCAUAAUUUUACUAGAAAACACGGUUAUUUCUUCUUACCUGUUGGAGACCUAGCGACAUCUUCCUCAAAUGACGUCAAAUACCAUUUACGCGACUAGAUGUCCGGAAAAAACCGCACGAAGGUCAAGACCAUAACUCUCAUAGGAGUUUGGGCCUGAUUUUAAUGCCCUCCCCUAUAAUCUACUUCUUCCAACUCUCGGGUUUCUCUUGCCUUGCCAGAUUCUUUUGUUUAUGAUUGCGUUUUGCUUUAACGAGUUGUUUAAGCCUUAUAACCAAACAUGUUUACUUAAUGUUUAAAUCCUGACUGAACAUUGUUCCUCCAACUUUUGAGGUACGAGGUUCGGAGCUGCGAAUCGCUAUAAGAUUUACUUUUCUGUGUUUUAACAAUUAAGGUAAUAAAUUAACAUUGUUUCCUUUUUGUUUAAGGUAAAGAUCUAUGCGAGCCUGUAAAUCCUUGCAAAAAUAAUGGUUCAUGCUUACCACAGGACGGUGGCUUAUCUUUUGUGUGUAUUUGUCCAGACAAAUAUUACGGGAAAACCUGUGAAUGUAAGUCAUUGUUAGAUACACUAAACAAUAAGCAUACAAACGUACACUUACACUUCAAUCGACCUUCAAUUUCAAAUUUUUUUUACAAUGUUGUUUAACACCGUAAAGUGAAUUCAAAGAUUCAACUGAGACAAUUCUCUAGCCUGAUAUUGUUAAUGAAAAAUCAUAUCCGGCAAACUUCAGUAAAAUCACGCUUUACAUAUUAUUUUGCAAGUCUUCUUUAUUAAAGAUUAUUGUCUCAGUCAGACAGUUAAUCUUUAAACGGUAGCUCAAUAUGUUUUAAAAUUGUUUUUUUUUGUGAAAAUUUUAGGCACGGAAUGUCUGUGCAACAAUCCAUGUUUAAACAACGGAGUCUGCGUGGAUAUUUCCACCCACCUUGUUAAAUGCACUUGUCCUAGUGGUUUCACUGGGAACUUUUGCGAAGGUCAGUAAAAUUGGUUUACUCUUUAAAUCAUAUGCUGACGACCACAAUAUUUUUUGUAUGAAGUACAGCUAAGUCUAUGUCAUAAUCUCUAUCAAGCUCUGAUAUAUAGCCACAGUUAUUACUUCAGUGAUGACAUGUGUUUCACUGUGGACUAGCAAAGGCUUUACUUUCCAUAUUGACUUGCAAAUACAUUUUCUCGCCCUGCCAACAGCUGUCAUUCCUACUGUUGGUCCAGGAGCAUGUCACUCGAAUCCCUGUGUGAAUGGAGGAACUUGUGUUGAUAGAGCGUUUGUGUCUUAUGACUGCAUAUGCACCCCACAAUUUACCGGACCUCAUUGUGAAGGUAAAUACAAUCACGGCAAACGUAACUGCUUUUAUUGCCAUGUUCAUCUGCUUUUUGUUUCAUGAUUAUCAACAGAAAUAGUCUUUAUUUAGAUAAAAGGAUCGAUUAACAUAAAUGUAGAAAUGCCUUUAAAUCACCUCCAAUUUCAAUUUCUUAUUCAUCUUCCGCCGUAACUCAUCGCUUUAGCAUCAAAACUAUUCUUUAUCUUUAAGUAUGUAGUUUAGGAUUUUCCAACGAACAUAUGUUUUUUUACACAAAAAUUAACUCAGCAUUGCCCACAUAUAUUUUGCGUCAACGACUCAAUUCUUCCCGGAGAUUACGAGCCACUUGUAUUGUACAUUUAACUUGUCUCCUUUCAUUCCCUUUAGUUGAUAAAUGUGCUGACUGUGACAUCAAUGCGGACUGUGUAAAUGGAAAAUGCCGAUGCAAGAUAGGUUAUGUUGGAACAGGAUACGCAUGCGUUAAAGGUAAUCUAGUUGCUACGAACUGGAGAUGAUAGAGCAAGAGAGUUCAUCGUGCAGGCGGGACAUGUCUCAGUACAAACUCUCUCAUAGGCUAAGGCCUAACGUUCAACUUUUCAUGAGAAGAACUAAACUGGGCGGGUUACGUUCAUGAGAAGUUCGAUUUCUGUAUCAGUUAAGUUUGUCUCAAUGAGUUUGGGUUGAUCAACACAUUCUAUCCAUCUGCUUCAGUUGGUAAUGUUGUAUGAUUAAUUUGAUACUCAAGUAGUUCGACGUAUGAUCCAACAGACAUUUAGGUGUACCCAAAUUACAAUUUGGUUCGUCUCAUGAAAAGUUUGAAGUUUAAUUUUGGUUUUAUAGUGAGCAGUUAUAAGUUAUCAUUACUUAAUUCGUUCACUGCUAUCUUUAGUCAUAUUUCUCCUUGACAUGUCCCAUGAAAUUAAACCUCAUUGGGGGACUAUUGGGUAUAGUGCCAUGAAUGUUCCACUGCUGCUUCGGACUUCGUAUGUAAGGUUUUUUUGUGCACGUGCGCUGGCAAUCCCAACAAAGACUAGCAGCCCUUUCUACGCCCCUGCUAUGCGUAUCUCUAGCGUUUAUUACCUGGGCUUUGUUGCUGUUACGCAUCUCUGUGGCAUUUCUAUGCUGCAUGACCUUCGUGUUUCAGUCCAGGUUUGCAUCACCGGACAGCUGAUCCAAAAUUGAUGCACCAGCGCUCAUGGCGUGCCUCAAAAACUCCAGGAAAGGCUGUGUGAUGCUAUACAAAGGUGGUCUUACAUUAAGAAAAAUAGAAACUCUGAAACUAACAUUGCUAGUUUGCCGUCCAUUCCUUGGGCGCUGAUUUGAGGGAGAAAAAGCUAACAAUGCAAACAACAACACUUUGAAUAACCGUGGACUUUUAAUUUCAGAUGAAAAAGAGAAAGAAUGCGAAGAGGUUGUGUGUCCCAUUACUCAACACUGCGUCCGAGGUGUUUGUGUGUGUCUACCAGGAAACUUUUGUUAA